CCUAGCUUUGAAAAUGCGGUAAUUCUGUAAGCAUAAGAGCGUGACAAUUGUAUAAUAUUGCGAUCUUGCUUUUAAAGGAUAAGUGGGUGGAGACAUUGCUCAAAUUACCUCAUAAUAGCUACCAGUCAAAUUCACAUAUAAUUGAAAGAUGCUACUAGUUGUAGACAAUUGCGAAGGCGAUGACUUGUUUCAAUGACAAUCGAUAAAGGAGAUACAACUGACCUGUCUAAUAAAAUUUAAUUUAAUAUAGAAUACCCAUCCCUGACUAUUGUCAAUAUGUCUUUGGAAGGAUAUCUUGUUCUAGAGGGGAGACCGUAUACGACAGUAAAAGUUUUGCAUGAUUUUUAACAAACGAUGAUGUUCAAAAAAUGUGCAAAAAUAAAAUAAAAAAAUCGAUGGUUUGCACGUCCAAGAGAAAAAAAAAAGCUGUGUCUAAACAUUUUAUCCUCUUUUUAACUAUUCAUCUCCACACAUCAUGUCUGCUAUUUUCAAUUUCCAGUCUUUACUUUUAGUAAUUUUACUAUUAAUCUGUACAUGUACAUACGUUCGAGCACAAGCACCAUCUUUGUUGGAUAGAAAGAAGACAGGUGUCCUUGGAUUAUUCUGGAAAGCAGCACGCGUAGGAGAACGAUUAAGUCCUUACGUUUCUCUUGCUUGUAUCAUUAUGGGAGUUUCAUUAAUGAAGUCAUAA